AUGAGGUUUAUUCCGGCGAAUGCGACCCCUACAGGACCUUUUGAAGGACCGGAAAAGUUACUCGAAAUCUGGUUUGCGCCUUCCCCCGCAGACAUUCCCGGUUCCUCCGGACACCGCGAUGGCCUCAGGCGAGUGCCACGCGAGGUCUGGGAGGACAUGCUGGACAUAGUUAAAUGCAAGAUACUCUCAGUCAUACAAGGCACGGAGACGGAUGCGUACCUGUUGAGCGAGUCCUCUCUGUUUGUUUCACCACACCGCCUUAUACUAAAAACGUGUGGGACAACGCUCAAUCUGCUCGGCGUGCCCCGUAUCCUGGAGAUCGCGAGGGAUCAUGCAUCUUUGCCGACCGUCUAUCGCCUCUUCUAUUCUCGGAAAGCUUUCAUGUUCCCAGAACGGCAACUUGGUCCGCACAGAGAUUGGAGGGAGGAGAUUGAUUUUCUAGACCGCAUCUUCCCAGGAGGUGCGGCGUACACUAUUGGCAAGGUCAAUGGCGACCACUGGCUGCUGUACAUCACCACUCCAGGUGAAGAAAAUGCCGACGGAGGGACAAGGCCGAACACUCCUUCUGAACGAGCGAUCAAUGGCGUCGACGAGGAGGCUGACACGCCAGGUCUCGACGACCCACCAGCAGUUGAUCUGACCGACGAACUCUCACACGACUAUACUAUUGAAAUCCUAAUGACUCAACUCUCACCAUCAGCAUGUUCACACUUCAUGACAAGCGAUCAUAUUCCUGAGGCGGAAGAGCUGGAGCCCACCAGUCAUGCGCUCGCGCUGUCGCAAGAAAUUGGCAUCAACGAAUUGUUCCCAUCCCACUUGACGACUCUCGACGCCUAUUCCUUCCAGCCAUGCGGCUAUUCCUCAAACGCGCUUCUUAAAUGGCGAGAUGAUGCAGGGACCAAUCCCGCCCGGAAUGGCGAGGGAUAUUACACUAUCCAUGUCACACCAGAAAGCGGAUGGUCGUACGCCAGCUUCGAGUGCAACGUCCCCCUGCCCACGCGUCCCUCUGAACAGGCAAAACACAUUCCUGACCUCAAGACGCUUAUCCGACGGGUCGUCAACAUCUUCCAACCAGGCAGGCUGACGCUGACGCUCUUCGUCUCGAGCGAAGGCAACAACAACGCCGAGGAGGACGGCGAGAGCGCGGUAGAGGCGGCGCAGCGCGCGUUCAAAACCGCACUGACUAUGCCUCGCGGGAAGCUCGGUGUAUCAGCGAGCGCUGAGCCCGCGCGUACGGACGGUUUCAGCGGUGUGUACAAGCGAACGGACAAAAUCAACUACGAAUUUGGCGGGUACGACCUUGCAUUCGCGACGUUCGAGUUGCGCUCGUGAUCCGUACACUUCGGGAUACAAACGUCGACCGUUCUGCUACUCCCCGCAUCUUCUUCUUUGAUGCACAUUCUCCGCAUCUCCAUCGUAUGCACCCGUGGAUUUGAAUUGCUUCGCUUUCGACCUGUAGCCAGAUCUGUCGUCUAAAAUUAUCUUAGUGCCAACAUCUCUCGACCUGUAUCCAUCAUCAUCAGUAAACUGUAUACCUC